UCGGCCCUUUCCGUCGUUUUGUAGGCGUCUGUACUGCUUGUUUCUUUUCGGCUGCCUUACUGAGACAUGGCGGAAUAUUCUUCUGUGAAAUCUACUAAGCUCGUUCUCAAAGGGAAGAAAGAGAAGAGCAAGAAGAAGCACAAGGACAAGAAGAGGAGGAGAGAAGAGCAGGAAGCGCAUGAGCUUGACGUCGUGGGAAACUGGUGGGCAGUAAGCAAUUUCGGUGAAAUCACAGGAUCUGUAGCUAUAGAAAUGGACAAAGGAGCUUAUAUCCAUGCCCUUGACAAUGGCCUAUUUACACUUGGAGCCCCACAUAAAGAUGAUGAUGGCCCUAGUCCUCCUGAGCAGUUUACAGCAGUAAAGUUGUCUGACACCAGGAUUGCACUGAAGUCUGGCUAUGGCAAAUACCUUGGUAUAAAUUCAGAGGGACUGGUUAUAGGGCGUUCUGAUGCAAUAGGAUCGAGAGAACAAUGGGAACCUGUCUUCCAAAAUGGGAGAAUGGCUUUACUAGCAGCAAACAGCUGCUUUAUCAGAUGUAAUGAAGAGGGAGACAUAGAAGCCAAAAGUAAAAUGGCAGGUGAAGAAGAAAUGGUCAAGAUCCGUACUUGUGCUGAAAGAGAAACUGAAAAGAAAGACGAUAUUCCACAAGAAGACAAAGGAAAUGUUAAACAAUGUGAAGUCAAUUACGUAAAAAAGUUCCAAAGUUUCCAAGACCACAAACUCAAAAUAAGCCAAGAAGAUGCUAAAGCUCUCAAAAAAGCCAGAAAAGAAGGCACUUUCCAUGAGACGCUGCUAGACAGGAGAGCAAAACUGAAAGCGGAUAGAUACUGCAAGUGAUGAACAACUGACUCGUGCUUUUGUAUCUUGUUUUGUUUGUCUUCUGAACAUACCAUCUGAAUAAGACAUUUUGCAAGGUUUAUUUUAUUUAUUCUAAUUUUGAUUAAUUGUAUUUAAUGGUGUUAAGUAUUUAUAUGAGUUGACAUCAAGCAUUUCUCUGCCUAAGGAUGUCAUUUCUUCAUUUAUGAACACCAUUUAGUUGAAUAUUUUAUAGUAAAAAGUUUUGAUAUGCAGAUUUUUCAUCAGGAACCAAAUUACUUCAGCAAUUGAACUAUACCAGAUGAAAGUGGCAACUUGGUAAUUUUAAGUGUUAAUAAUCAAGCAGAGAAGUAAUACUGAAUACAAAAGAGAAAUGAACAAUUAACCCACUGUGGUUUUAUUGAACAAAUGAGUAGUACUUCUGCAUAAAAUUAAGCUCUUCAUGCGUAGGGAACCAAGUCUUCAGCUUCACUUCAGUGGAAUUAUGGUGCCUUAGACCAAAUGAAAAUUUGGUUUCCGGUUUUCAAGUUUCAUUGGAAAUGCCGAGUAUAUUAAACAUUAAAUGAAUAGAGGUAUAACUUGCGUACCGGAAAGGCAUGGUGGAGUAAACAUGAAAAACAUGCAGGAACUUAGGUUUAUGAUAAAGAGCGAUCUCUUAAUGUCCAUAUUGCUUAUUUUUACUUAAUCUUGUAAAGAGUAAAAAAGGUAAAUUUUAAUUGAAAUUUUGAUAGCUUAUACCAACUGUGUACAUUUGCUUUUAGGUUUAAUAUUAAAAAAAGUAAUAUACUGACUUUGAAAUUCUGUGCAUUUCUGGUAAAUAAUAUUUCCAGUG